AUGCAGCAACCAUCGAGCUCGGGGAAUCAAGAGCAGCACUUGCGCGCACAGCUGGAGCUCUUGCAGAAUCACGACGCCGAUACCUCGACGACAGCCUCUGGCUCACGCGACUCGAGGGGCGCAGUUUCUCAUUCUCCGCCGGCGCGAACGGCGAAUGGACACGAAGAGCUGGCCGCCGCCUCAUACGAAGCCGCUCGCGCCUUGGGUAAGACUCAAGCCGAGUCGCAUAUUCACCCAGAUCUCCGAGGCGUUUCAGGCCAUCCCGCCAACAUGAUGUCCAUGGGCCCUCCUUCUGGACACAGUCCCGGUGCCAGUCCGACUGGUCCUUUGAAUGCUUCUAUAGCCCCAGCACCAUCCUCCUCAGCUCCCGAAGUUGGCGCUGGUAGUGAUGGAAGGAAAGCCAAGCGCGAGCUUUCUCAGUCGAAGCGUGCCGCGCAAAAUAGAGCUGCACAGCGUGCAUUCCGGCAGCGUAAAGAAGGCUACAUUAAGAAGCUCGAGCAGCAGGUUAGAGACUACGGCGAGAUGGAGCAGAGUUUCAAGGGCAUGCAAUCCGAGAAUUACGCACUCCGUGAAUAUGUUAUCCAUCUCCAAUCAAGGCUACUAGAUACCCAAGGAGAAUAUCCCCCGCCGCCACCCAAUGUUAACUUAUCUCAAUCCUCCGCGCCUCAGCCUCCUCCAACCAGCGCACCAGAACAAGCACAAAAUCCUGGAGUUGGGACGCCGCUUGAGGCUGUGGCCCAGGCCGUAGCAGGCCUUGCCGCUCAGGAGCAGUUGGCCGAAUCCCAAGAACGAUAUCCUAGCCCAGAAUAUAAGGCCGAUCCACGCGAAGACGAGGGUCGAACAGUUGAAGAGAUUAACAGACAGCUGCACCAGCAAGCCGACGAAGGCGCCAGUGGAUCAGCUGAGGUUUAG